AGUCCGGCAGCGAGGAAACAUGGCGGCCCCUACACUUACUGCAAGAUUGUAUUCCCUGCUGUUCCGCAGGACUUCCACCUUCGCCCUCACCAUCGCUGUGGGCGCUCUGUUCUUCGAGCGUGCUUUUGAUCAAGGCGCGGAUGCGAUCUACGACCACAUCAACGAGGGGAAGCUGUGGAAGCACAUCAAACACAAGUAUGAGAACAAGGAGUAGCCCCUCGCCUCCGCCCCAGAGGAGCCAGAAGGACCCAGAGCUGGUGCCUCCGCUGGAGGUGAUUUCAAGUCACCCUGCACGGACCGCCUGUAGCCGUUGGCAAAAAUAUGGCUCCAUGUGACAAACAGACUCUUUACCUUCUUUACCUUGUGUUUGAAGUGUGCUUAGUGAGGGUCAUCAGCAAAUAAAUGUACACUGUUCUUGAGCCCUGCUUUGUGCUGGGU